GCUUAGCUGGUCCCCUAGUCCGGGGAGGGGACACGUCAGUGCCGCCAGCGACGUCACAGGGCCGCCCGGCCCGCCGGCGCCUGAUUGGCUGCCACGACCUCUUACGCGUCGCGCUUCCUCGUCUGCCCCUCGUGUUCUGUGAAGUCGCUCCCUUUUUACCUCGGCAGAGAAGAGGCGAUGGCGGCGCUGGCAUCUCUCGGCGCCCUGGCGCUACUCCUGCUGUCCGGCCUCUCCUGCUGCUCAGGUAGCGGCCUGGCCGGAGCUCGUUUCUGGCGAGCUUCUCUCCCACGACUGGUGCCCAGCGUGCACAAGCCAGGCCUUACCCAGGCCCCUCUCUGCCUCCUCCCCACAGCAGAGGCCUGCGUGGAGCCCCAGAUCACCCCUUCCUACUACACAACCUCGGAUGCCGUCAUUUCCACUGAGACUGUCUUCAUCGUGGAGAUUUCACUAACAUGCAAGAAUAGGGUCCAGAACAUGGCUCUUUAUGCUGAUGUCAGUGGAAAACAAUUUCCUGUCACCCGGGGCCAGGACGUGGGGCGUUAUCAGGUGUCCUGGAGCCUAGACCAUAAGAAUGCCCACGCGGGCACCUAUGAGGUCAGAUUCUUCGAUGAGGAAUCAUACAGCCUCUUGAGGAAGGCUCAGAGAAACAAUGAGGACGUUUCCAUCAUCCCACCCUUGUUCACAGUCAGCGUGGACCAUCGGUCUCCUUUUUUACAGGGUACCUGGAACGGGCCCUGGGUUUCCACUGAAGUGUUGGCUGCAGCCAUCGGCCUAGUGAUCUACUACCUGGCCUUCAGCGCCAAGAGCCACAUCCAAGCCUGAGGGCGGCACCCCCAGCCCCCUUGCUUCUUUCAAUAAACAGUUUCUGGCUAUCACAAGCA